GAAGAAGAAGAAGAAGAAGAAGAAGCAGCCCAUUAUCUCUGCUCUCCCUGUUGGUGUUUGGCAGCUAUGACAACGAAGUUUGAAAAUGGGUGGGUUGACACCUCAAAAAAAGAAGCUUUCCUCCUCCAAAAUGUCUAAGAAAGCUCUGAAAUGCACCGUGCAAAUGGAAAUCAAAGCUAUUACUUGUCCAGGGGUUGUGUUACCCAAUCAGGAAGACAUAUACCUGAGUGUCUGCGUCAUGGGACAGUUCAAGAAGACUCUCUGCCUGCCGCCUGUAUUCCCUCUUCUAUUCCAUGAGAAGAUGGUCUUUGUGAAGACGUUCACAGGAGCUGCUGACCCAGGUCACAUUGUGGACAUCCUAGAAGCUGACACAACAUCCUUUGAACUGAUUCAGCUUGUGCCUCCAGAGGGGGAUAUUUUGGCCACUAUUGAAGAGAACACCAGAGAAUUCCUCUAUCCAGGCCCCAAGCUGACGCCUAGAGCCGGUGGUCCCGAGAGAGAGAUGCUGAUGAGGAGAUCUAUCUGUUUCCCUGGAAUCUCUCCUAAAGUGGAGUUUGCAACCAUGUCUGUCAUUGAGGAAUGUGAUGGGAAAGAUAGCCAGCCUCAGCCUGCCUCCCCUCCUUGUUGUAGUCCAUCCCCAGCCAGACCGUCCCCAGCGAGGCGUAGACCAGUCAGCAGGGCUGUCGGGAGCCCUAGACAGACGCUGAAAGGGAAGGAUCUGAGUCUGACUGGUCCAUCCAGUGGAUAUGAGCAGCCCACUGUGGCCUCCCAGGCCCGUGCUCCCUCUCCCUACACCCACCGCAGGAUGUGCCAACUGUCUGAGGAGGCCCGGCAGAGACUCAGCUACCUUCAACUUGGGCCCUACAGGUUCAAGAAGGAAACAGAGCCCCAGAUCCCCUUUGUGGUCUCCAGUACUCUGAGUGCCUCCAUGAUGGAGACUCCAUCUCGUCUCUCCUCUAAAAGAAGCCUUCCCCACAGCAGGUCCACCAGCUUUGCUGCAGACAACUCAGGAGAUUUCUCUCUCCUUGGCAGCUACAGACCAACGCCUGUUAAAGUAGGCACUGGCUGUCUGAAGAAUCAGAAAUCCCCAGGGAAGUCUUCCAGACAGGACUGUUCCAGAACCACAGUCAGGAUGGCUCGGUCAGCCCUGGCUGCCCAGUCCUCUACCCCAGUGUGUGGCCCGAGGAGUCCCUUGCUCAGCCGCACCUCGCUCAGAGAGCGGUUCCAUAGUAGUGCGUCCAGUCCGUCUAAGGAGAUCCACAGUCGAGUCCAGAAGAUUCUCCACACCCAUGCUACUGACAGGAAACUACACUUUGACGAAGAUGGGUGUUCGGCUAAGCGGGGGCCUCAGCUCUCCUGUGAAGACUCUUUAUGCGACAGCCAGGCCUUCCAGGACAGGGACACUACUGGAGAGACAUCUGUCCACCUGGACAAUGGGACAUUAUGGAGCAGCCAGGUUGCCCGCUACACAGGGAAACACCACAGGGCUGUGUUUGAGGACAGUCUGGGACUCAUCUACAAGAACUUGUACAGGAGGGCCUCCAGCACCACCUGAGACCUACAUAAAUCAUUGCUUCAGACACCUGGCUGGGCUCCAAUUAUGACUGUGGUGGUACUUGAGAUGGCUAAGAUGAAGGAACACUGAGCUAUACUAUAACCAAAACUUUGUCAUAUGAUGUGCCCAGGUGACCGACUGAUUCAUGAACUAAUAGUUUUGCAAAAAUAGUUUCACUUUAGCACAAGAGUAUAUGUAAACAGGUGGAGUAACAUUCAUGAAAAUGAUUUAUAGGGUUACAUUCGUGCACUAACAAUGGUUUUAUUUAUACUUUUUUAUAAAGACAGGCAUUUUGACGCUAAGAAUGUUUUACUCUAAACUGAUUUAAUAACUGUACUUUGAAGGAGACAGAUUAAAUAUUCAUUUUGAA